AUGCAUCAGGCUCUGGAGGCCUACCGCGGAGGAAGGCAAGACUCAUUGCGACCAAGCCUCUCGACAACUCACAUUCCCCUAGCAAACUCCAUUGUUUUGUCCGCACAAGACAUGCAGUCCUUCAGAUAUGUACCCGAAUCUCUUAUGGUUCUUCGUAUGGGCAAGCCCUGGAGGUGGAGCAUGCUUUCUUAUGUACACUCAAGAAUAGCAUCCAAGGAAGCUGGCGUUAUGAGGAGCUUCAUAGCCGUUGCCUCCAUGGAACUGCGGUUUCUAGAGAUAUUGAAAUUCCAGGACGCAACUCCAACCCUUGGAAGUCUUGCUAGGACACGGAAAUUGAAAGAAGCUGCGACGAACUACCUUCACUUGGCACUUCAGGACCUUUCUUUGAUUUUGGAUCGUGUGUCGGGCGCUCAACCGCAACCCCAAGACAUUGAAGCGCUUUUUUCAAUCUGGUUUUUGAUCCUUCUUGUGGGACUCUACGAUCCAGAACUUGUCAGUGCCUCGCAUGUGCACCUCAACGGCAUUCGCUCCUUCCUUCAGCAAUACAUUGAUAGGAGCGUAGCUGAUGAGCGAGACAAUCUUCCCCCUGUUGCACAGCAGCUCUUGCUAUUCAUUGCAUAUCACGAUGUCAUACUCGCAUUGGGUAAUAUGAACGGUGGUCAUCUCUCACUUGACCUGUUAUCAGCUCCAGCAAAAUCGCCGAUAGCUUACGAUCAAGUCUUCGAACAGGCGCGACGAUGUCUGCCUAAGAUUUGGGGUUCUGAAUACCCUGUGGAAGAGUUAUUGGAUGACGUAGAGAACUACCGCGGAUUGUCGUUCCUAACUGUCUGCCAAAAAUUAAAAUUGAGCGUCUGGAAACUGGGUGUAGCAGCAGCUCAGGGCAGCCUGGUUGAGGAAAGUAAGGCAAGACUCUGGAAGAGGAUCGAAGAGACCGGCGAGCAGUUCUGCGAUCUACUCGCAUUAGCGAAAAUGGCCAAGAAUUCGAAUGGCCGACGCGUCAUAUGGACUGUGUAUCAUGCAUGUCUGGAUUACUACGCCGUUAGGGUACUAUACACCUGCAUCGACGGUGAAGAUCCAUACCCGCAAUGGCUUCAAGGGACACUGUCUGAACUCUUAGCCAUCGCUUACAAGUCCACUCAUGAACUUCCACAACAGAUAUACCGCUAUGCUUGGCCUCUCACUGUGGCUUUGAUGAAGGUGCGCGAUCCGAUCCAUAAAGACUGGAUCAAGACCCAGGUCCGAAAAGCGGGUGUACUGUUCUCCAAUCUUGGACUCCCGCCUGCUUUGCUCGAUGGGAGUUGUGCGCUAGAGACAAUGUUCCUCGAAUAUGGUCAAGACAACUAUCUACAACUAUCAGCAUAG